AUGGUGCUCAUUACAAGGCCAUUGUCACCGACGUACUCGACAACCUUUGAAAAUGACCGGCAGCCGGAAUCAAAGUUUCCUUUUUCUCAAGUGUUCGUAGCACCUAAAGACACCGGCAAACAUACGGAGUUCGUGGAAAACCAAGAAGUGGAGCCCAAGACGCCAAUCGACAGGAACACCUUUCACAAGUUUGAAAUACCCGUACCUGAUGAUCUCAAGGAAUACGCAAAGGUGGAGAACGCGCACAAAGAGUUCCAGAAGGCGAUCGGCGCUGCAUUGGUGUUUGUUCGCCGUCAUCUCAAUGUGCGAGACCUCGCAGCGCCGCACCACUAUGCUGCAGGAGAUGCACUUCAGAAAUCUAACACAAAAGCUGCUAUUGUUAAAAAGACUGAAGAGGCAGCUCGACAGUUGGAAUCUACAAAAAUAUAUAAUAAAGGCAGGUAUAUGGACGAGUUCAGCGUGCGCGAGGACCUGAUGGGGCUGGCCAUCGGCACGCACGGCGCCAACAUCCGGAAUUCGGAAUCGUGCUCGUGCUAA